ACCGCGAAGACGUCUCAUCAGGUCUUCUGAUCCAGAUCGACGGAGCUGUGUUUUUCUCGAGCCUUGUCGUGUCUUUGCCAAAUCAGAGCUCAUAAUUGGUGUCUUACCCCACUCUCCGGCUAGCCCGCUGCCAAUAAUACCAGGCUGCCAUGUCUCUACGUCCAGAUGACCGCAAAGGCCGCUCACGUUCAAAGUCGCCAGCUGGGAGAUCUAGAGAUAGAUCUUCAAGCAACGUACGCGUUCCCAAGUCUGACGCAUUAGCCUACGGUCAACCUCCGCCAGGCGGUUUUGAAACGCGAACUCCAACUCAGGCAGCUCCCGGUCUAGCAAGCUACGCAAAUUCGGCAAUGAAUAUGAUGAGUGGUGCUUUGGGAGGGAGUGAUCCUUCGCGAGAUGAUUCAUAUACGAUGGGUGACUAUGCCGACCUUCCACCGCACGAACGGCCAGGAUAUGUGGCGACUGCUACGCCUGUAGCGGGUGGUAAAGUGCCUUAUCAAUAUGCUCCGAAUGCCGGACUAGCAGGUCAGCCGUAUCCGCCUCCCGUGUCAAGGACAAUUAGCCAUGGUUCAUCUGCGAGUGGCAGUGCUGGUGGAUAUCAGUAUGCGACUACGCCAGGUAACAUCACAUACACUGCAAAGUCAGUUGUGCCGCAGCCAGGCUCUUCCAAUGGACAUUCAAAUAAGCAUUCGUCAAAACAUGGGAAGGAGUCUCCUCAGCAUCAAGCCUUCUAUACCCAGCCAGACCAGUUCUAUCCUCAGCCUCCUCCAAGUGGGCCACCGCAUGGACACCAUCACAUGCCAGGAGGAUUCCCCGCAGGCAAUGUCGUGGAAGUCAUUCCAGGAGGUGGCAGGAUCGCAUCACCUCCGUCUCCUGGGAAGCGACCGCAUUCGAUGUCUCUAAGUACCCCCGGCCAUGGCCCCGAGCUGCGCGCUCCCUCACCUGGAUUCGGACUAGGGAAUCGUAUGGACAGACUGUCAGUCAGUGGCAAUCGACCAAACAUCCAGACUUUGGUACCUGGGGGUAUGCCAUCGGGAGGCGGAGGCAUGCUUCCUCCACCGAGUCCCAUGCUUGAAGCAUACCAUGGCGUGUACCAAUCCAUCUCACCUAUGCCCUCACCCAUGAUGCAUGCAUAUCACCCACACGACUCCGACCUCGAAGACCUGCCUCCACUAUCCCCACGGUACUCGCACGCUGGGCACCACCGUACACUGUCCGCCUAUAGCCGCGAAUCGUCGCCUGCGCGCUCCACACGAACCUCCAGGUCCAAAUCGUCAAAGUCCAAGUCCUCAAAAUCCAGCAAAAAGGAUGAUAGAGAUAGAGGCGAGCGCCGCGUCAAGAUCUACGAUGCAACCGAAGACGCCCAUGCCAUCGUCGCCGCCAUGUCCCACCGCCAGCCUGACGUAUUCCCCCUAAUUGACAUCCUCCCACAGCUCAACCACGACCAAAUGCUUGAACUACGUACAGAGUAUAAGCGCCACUGCAAAGUCCAAGGCCAUGGCAUUAAUGUGGCCAAACACAUCAAGAUGAAAACCUCGGGUAAUUUUGGUAAGCUCUGCUACGUCACCGCGCUCGGCCGCUGGGAGUCCGAGGGAUACUGGGCAAAUACGUGGUAUCAAUCUGGAAAUGCGAGACGCGAGUUACUGGUGGAGUGUCUGAUGGGACGGGGGAACGUCGAGAUGAGGGAGAUCAAGGCCGCGUUUAAGGACAAGAGAUAUAAUGACGACUUGGUGAGGUGUAUGGAAAAGGAGCUCAAAGCAGACAAAUUCCGCAAAGCUGUUCUAUUAGCGCUAGAAGGGAGGAGGCAAGAGGAGCGUGAGCAGUGGCCGAUAGAGUACCGCAACCGCGACGUCGACACGCUGUACACCGCGCUCAAAGCGCGCGAGGGCGGCGAGACUGCGAUUCUGGAACUUGUCAUCAAGCGCAGUGAUGCUCAUCUGAGAGACGUCUUACGGACGUACGAGGUCAAGUUCCAGGAGAACUUUGCACGCGAGGCGUUGCGGAAAAGCAACAAUCUAGUAGGCGAAGUCGUAGCACACAUCCUCAACGGCGUCAUCAACCGGCCCGCGCGCGACGCCAUGCUGCUACACCACGCCAUCGAAGACCUCUCCGACCGCACAGACUCGCGCAACAGCAAGCAUGAGCGCCAACAACGCUACGAGCUCCUGAUCAGCCGCAUCGUGCGUCUGCACUGGGACAAGAUGCAUAUGAUGCGUGUCAAGGUCGAGUUCGAGAAGAAGUACCGCUUGGCGGUUGAGGAAGCCCUGGAGGAUUCUGUUAGGGAGGACUUUUUGGAGUUUUGCCUAGCGCUUGUGGAGUAAUCGGGGCGGGUGAGUCUGGAAAUACGUGGGUUUGACGACCUAAACGAUAGCGACAUUAUGGCCUGUGUGCAGCUGUUUGGUGGUUUUUCUACGCGGAGAUACCACAAAUGCAUUUUUGUUUGGCUUGGAAGUCUGCAUGUUCCCGACGGACGUACGGCAUCUCAGCGUGAAUUGGCGAUGACGCGGGAGGGACUUAUUAUCAAGGCGGCGAGAAUCACUAUGUUCUUAGCAGUCUAUGCUGGAGGAUCGAACGACUACUGUUCUAACGCUGGCACUGCA